UACCCUUGGCGCAGGAUGUCGGCCACCAAAGUUCUGCGCUCUCUGCUGCACGAGCUCCGCCAGGCGUCGCCAAGUGGCUGCAUUAAGGAAUCCUUGGCCGCACGCUACAUACUGGCGCAGUACAAAAAGUAUGAGACAACCGACCAGCAGCUGUGCAAGGCCCGCAACGAGGCAGUCUUCUUAGGCCAAACAUAUCUCACCUACUUGAGUAGUCUGCGCAACUAUAACGAGCUGUACAAGGAGUACCAUGGACGUGGAGAGCGGUCCGUGAAGGAAACAGCCGAUGUGGUCGGCUUCAAGUUGCCCACGGAUCCCAAGUGAUGCUAGUGACUAGAUUUCUAUAGUGUGUAGUGCGAUUAAAGCUGAUUAAUGUUCGAA